AUGAGGAUUUUAAUCACCAAUAGCCAAGAUAAGAAAAGUAAAUAAUACCCAAGGUUAAUUGCUAAAGAUAGUUCAGAAAACCAAUAAGUCAAAUUCUAAAAAAUUGAAUUUUACAAUAAAUUACCGAAACAAAUCAAACCUAGUGUUGUCUUGAAAAGCUUAUAUAAAGCCAACAAUACAAUACAUAGUUUCUAGUUAAUCAAGGUUUUAGAUGAUUUUCCAAGACAAAGAAGAAAAAGCGACAAUGAUGGCUUAACUUCUUAAAAGAUUGUAAGAGAUUCAGUUUAUUCUAAAGUUGAAUAUAGACAUUAAAUAUCCUAGAACUAUUAUAUAAUAGCAUCAAUUUCUGUAUAGAGUCAAAGAUCUAAGAAGAAGAGCAAUAAAGGGUAGAAUGAAAACUAAAUUUGAGAAAUCAUUCAAGAAGAUAGAUACACCAUCUACUAGUAAAUUUAAUCCCUUAAAUCAACAUAACUCUAAUAGGGAUUCUUAUUUUGCUAGUAUGUAAGAUAUCAAAGUUCUCAGGACUUUUACCAAGGAUCGUACUUACUACUAACGACCAUUGGUAUAAAAAGAUUCAGAUUUGAUAUCAGAUUCUCCAAGUGAACCUAGUAUUUAAUUACAGUAAACAAGAAAACAUAUUAUUUUUACUCCAAAAUAAAAAUAGUAUGUUUUGCUUUAAUUAAACAAAUACAAACAUAAGCCUUUCGAACAAAUUAAAAGAGAUUCUAUUAUCAAAUAUCUUUCAGAAACUAAGGAAACUCAAAUUAAUACAGUUCCUUAAACAGCUCCUCUUAUUUAACAUAGACUGCAACCUUAUUUUUCUACUCAUAAGAAAGUUAAUCUAAAAAAAUCUAGUUACAUAUCUUCAUCAUAAAGAGUAAAAACAGUAUUAUGA